AUACGAGUAGGUCUGCAGGUACUACCAGAGGUGUAAACCGAUUAGUCGACCGAAGGGUACGGAAACGAUACGACGCCAUCGCCACGCUGUUUGACUUGUUCUCGCGACUCGCGUAUUUUUUUUCUCAGUUUAUACAAAGAUUCGCGAGCUCGCAGAUUGUCUGUCUGACUGGUGACUGCUUCAUAAUGUGCGCAUAGUGCAGUGCUGCUGAGUGCUUACUCAUUUCAUUUGGGGCGAACCGGUACUUCGCCGAUGCUGUUAAUUACUGUUUGUCAGCUUCGAACACAGUUUUGUUUUGAUUUACUCGUACGUAGGUAUAGGUACGUAAUCGGGUGUGCAUGUGCAAUUGUGCAGUGACUGGUGAUAGUGUUGGGUUUUUGCAUCAUUGGGUACGGAUACAAGUUUGGAUAAACACGUGAAGACGAAGACGCCCAAGUACGCGGUUAACAUUGAAGGAGAGUUAUGUCGAUGUCGCCGCAAUAAAACCGAUACCGAAAUCAAGAAGUGAUACAGCAGAGCAAACCGAAGGACGUUCGCCCAACGGUAACGACGAUGAGUAGCUCUUCCGAGAACUCAGUAGCUUGGAGAGCUUACGACGACGAAGUCUACAGAGGAGUGAAAGAAAAACGAUCAUGUACCGAUAUAUAUUGCCUUCUCAUACUGGUGGUGUUUGUUGGAUGUUGGAUCGGAGUCGGAUAUUAUGCAUUUUGGAACGGUGAUAUUAAUAGAAUACUGGCGCCUAAAGAUUCGACUGGUCGUAUUUGCGGAGUGGACGACGACGUUCGCGGCAAAGAAUAUCUAUUCUUUUUCGAUAUAUCAAAAUGCGUCUCGUUGAACGUGUUCAUUUACGGAUGUCCUACCAAACAGAUGUGCGUCAAAGAAUGUCCCAAAGAGAACUGGUCCAGCGAUGAAGUAUUCAAAAGGCCGAAAGUUGUUUGGAGAGAAGAGCAGAAGAAAUUACUAUGCGAUCGGGAGGGAAUCGCCGCGACGGUCAAUUCGUACGAAGCGUUGAAUCAAACCAUAAGAGAGCAAAAAUGCGCGCCGUACUAUCUUCGCAGUACUGCAGCGUUUGCAAAAAUGUGCCUACCGACGCUUGGUAUUCUACCAUCAUCGAUAGCGAACAUCGAUCUCACCGAUCAGGCAGCAGAACGAGCUCAAAAUUAUUUCAGUUACGUUUACGAGGUUAGCUCGGUUAUAGCGGAAGAUAUGAAAAAAUGUUGGCAUUUAUUAGUGCUGUUCGCCGCUGUGUCCAUUGUAUCGUGCUUAUUCGUAAUAAUAGUCAUGGGAAUAAUUACGAAAAUCGUCAUCUGGUGCAUUCUCGGUUUAAUUUUGAUAUUUUUAGCGUACAGUACCAUCAUUACUUAUCUGCAGUACAAUUGCACAUCGGAAUCUGAGGCUACUCUCGCUGCCAACUCAACCAACGAUUUUUAUUCCGGAACUGCCUACGGACAAUUACAAUUGCUGUUUCAGCAAAAAGAAACCUGGUUCGUGCUGUUUAUUGUCUCAGCAGUAUUUUUCGUGCUGUUCGCCUUAUUGAUAAUAUUUCUACGUUCGAGAAUCGAAUUAGCUGUGAUGUUAAUCGGAGAGGGAAGCAAGGCUGUGAACACAAUAAAAUCGUCGCUGUGUUUUCCAUUUGUGAUUCGUGUUCUUCAAGUGGCUGUUAUAACUUGGUUUGUGAUACUAGGAUUUUAUAUUCGGUCUUUGGGUACUUCUGUGUACGAAGUCAGAGGUCUCAAUGCGUCGAUCUCGGAUUGCGUUUGUAAAACGUAUCACAAUGGUCACUGGUGUCUUCCCCACAAAUUCUACGAAGAGUGUCACAGCAAAAGUACCGGACAAGCGUGUGUAGAUGCGGGUUGCGUUUUCGUCGAACAUCGCGAUCCUCAGGUCAAAACCUAUUUACAAAUGUACAAUUUGUUCGGGCUGCUGUGGGGUUUAUACUUCGUGUCCGGAUUGGGGCAAUUGGUGCUUUCGUUCUGCUUCUCUACCUGGUACUGGACGUAUCACAAAUACGACGUGCCAUUCUUCACUCUAUUUUAUUCCAUAUACGCGACCAUAAGGUAUCACUUGGGUACAGUUGCUCUGGGGUCGUUCUUAAUCGCCACUUGUGGAUUCAUCAGAACACUUCUCGAGCAUACUCAGCGAAUUUUGAAACAAUCGGACGGUCUAUUGACGCAAUGUAUGACAUGGAGUAUGAGAGGAUGUUUUUGGUUGUUGCAAAAAUUCCUUAUCUAUAUCAGCAAAAACGCUUACAUAAUGUGUUCCGUUACCGGAUCGUCAUUUUUCUCGUCAUCUGGUCAAGCUUUGGGAUUAUUGGCUCGAAACAUUGUACGAGCUGUAGUAUUAGAUAAAGUUCUAGAUUUUCUGUUAUUGGUGGGUAAAAUAACGUUAACGGUGUUAAUGGGUUUCCUUUCGUACUACGCUUUCACUAGACCAUCGUUGAGUCUAGCUUAUCCUCUGGUUCCUACUGGUAUCGUCGUGCUGCUCACUUGGAUCAUAGCUGCUUCCUUUUUCGGCGUUUAUAUAGUUGCCGUUGAUACCCUGUUUCUUUCAUUUUUAAAAGAUGGCGAACUGAACGACGGAUCGCGUACCAAACCGUACUACAUGUCUUCGAAAUUGAAGUACAUCAUGUCGAAAAGCGCCAAAGUCAGAAAACACUAGUAUUUUUAUUUCCUUUUCCUACCUCUUCAGUAUCUCUAUCUCUACUAUACCUAAACCUACCCACCUCGAAGAGUUAAUUAUUUUUAUACUGAUACCCUAUGUAUUUGUUCGUUUUCGACUUUCGUUCCUGCGUUUAUUCCUUCUCUAAGCUUUAGUGCCAUAUUCGAGUUUUUAUUUUACUCGUUGUAAGAGUUAUUUUAUAGUGAUAAUUGUAUUCUUUCAUUCGCAUUCUAUUUUAUUUUUUUUAAAAAAACAUGUACCUAAAAUGUAAAUAAAACGUUGAAUUUUA